GCGUCACUGUCGCUCGGUUCUGGUGUCAGGGGGAGAGUAGAGGCGCGUAGGAGGUGGCGGGUCCGCUGAGGGGAUAGAAGCCAGGUGGCAGAGAGAGCGCGCGCGCGCGCGCCCCCGCGGUGGAGCCCCGAAGUCACCAGCCGCCCACCUCCCCACAUCCCAGGGCGCCGAGAAGAUGGCGGCGACGGCUCAGUGAGAAUGGAGCUACCUGUCACUGCUUUCUCCCCGUGAGGGUGCGGGGUCCGGCCCCACGGGAUGCGAGUGGGGGGACCGUAGGGAGCCCUUUCCCUAGCAGAGCUGACUCGAGCCCGGCAGCUCCCCGCCCCCCAUCCCCCCAGCUGAUUAGCCCCCUCUUUCUAGCCCAGCAGCUCCAGCCUAGUGACAACCACCUGCUACCAUGCCUUGGCCUUUCUCAGAGUCCAUCAAGAAAAGGGCCUGCAGGUACCUGCUGCAGAGGUACCUGGGCCACUUCCUGCAGGAGAAGCUCAGUCUGGAGCAGCUCAGCCUGGAUCUGUACCAGGGCACCGGCUCUCUGGCGCAGGUCCCUCUGGAUAAAUGGUGUCUUAAUGAGAUUCUGGAAUCAGCAGAUGCACCCCUGGAAGUCACUGAAGGGUUUAUCCAGUCAAUUUCUCUGUCUGUUCCAUGGGGGUCAUUGCUACAGGAUAACUGUGCACUAGAAGUGAAAGGAUUAGAGAUGGUCUUCAGGCCAAGGCCUCGUCUUGCAUCUGGUUCAGAGCCUAUGUAUUGGUCAAGUUUUAUGACCAGUAGUAUGCAACUUGCAAAAGAAUGUCUUAGCCAAAAACUGACAGAUGAACAAGGAGAAGGGUCUCAACCUUUCGAAGGGCUUGAGAAGUUUGCAGAAACUAUUGAAACAGUUCUAAGAAGAGUGAAAGUUACCUUUUUAGAUACUGUUUUGAGAAUUGAACAUGUGCUGGAAAAUUCUAAAAGUGGGUCUGCACUUGAAAUCCGAAUUGAGAAAACUAUGUACUGUGAUGAAACUGCUGAUGAAUGCUCUGGAAUUAAUGUACAUCAGCCCACAGCCUUUGCUCACAAGUUACUUCAGCUCUCAGGUGUUUCUCUCUUCUGGGAUGAGUUUCCAGCAUCAGCAAAGUCCUCUCCCAUGUGUUCAGCUACACAGUUGGCAGUGGAACCAAAGCUUUCCCCUAGCUGGAACCCAAAAAUUGUAUAUGAGCCACAUCCACAGUUAACCAGAAACUUGCCAGAAGUUGCUCCUUCUGACCCUGUGCAGAUUAGUAGGCUGAUUGGUAAAAUGAAGUUGAGCCUUACAUUAAAACAACAUGAAGUACUUCCUGGAGCUAAGUUGGAUGUAGAUGGGGAGAUAGACUCUAUACACCUAUUCCUGUCACCAAGGCAGGUACAUCUUCUAUUGGACAUGUUAGCAGCCAUUGCUGGGCCAGAGAGCCCCAGCAGGAUAGAAUUAUCAAAUAAAGAUAGAAAGAACCGACCAAUGCAACAGGAGGACGAAUAUCGGAUUCAGAUGGAGCUGAAACGUUACUUAAGAAAAGAAUCUUUGUCAGCAGUAGCAUCAUCUGAGCAGAGCUUUUACGAGACAGAGACCACCAGAACACCUUCUAGCCGUGAAGAAGAAGUUUUCUUCUCAAUGGCUGACAUGGACAUGUCUCACAGUCUCUCCUCUCUUCCACCUCUUGGAGACCCACCAACUAUGGAUCUAGACCUGUCUUUAACUAGUACAUACACUACUACACCAGCAGGUUCUCCAUUGAGUGCUACAGUGCUUCAGCCAAUGUGGGGUGAUUUUCAUGACCCUAAUAAACAAGAACCACCACCACCACCACCACCAAGAAGUUCAUCAUUUACACCCAGUACUGUUCACCAAACUCCUUUCAGAAGGACUUCACUUCCAUCCAGAUCUGUUUCAGUGGAUGAAUCCAGGCCUGAACUUCUUUUUAGACUGGCACUGGGCACUUUCUCAGUAUCUGUACUUCACAUUGACCCUCUACCACCACCUGAAACAUCACUGAAUCUUAACCCGCUGACACCAAUGACACUGGAUUUCUUUACCCGAAUAGAAAAGAUUGAUCCAGUUAAGUUUUCAACAGAAGAUUUUCUGUCCUUCCGAGAAGUGUUUGCAGAAGCUUGUUCUCAUGACCACCUUAGAUUUAUAGGUACUGGUAUCAAAGUCUCUUAUGAACAAAGACAAAGGUCUACUUCUCGAUGCAUCAGCACAGAUUUGUCCAUUGGGCAUAUGGAACUACUGGAAUGUCUUUUCUCUACCGACUCCUGCUCCAUUCAACCUCACUAUACAGAGCUGCUAACAUUUCAUUCUGAAAAAGGAAAUGAUACACAUCCUCUUUCAUGCCUUCAACUCCAUUAUAAGCACUCAGAUAACAGAGGACCUCAGGGUAGUCAAGGAAGACUGAGCUCUGUUCCACAGAAAGCAGAAUUACAAAUCAAGCUAAGUCCAGUAUUUUGUGAACUGGAUAUUAGUAUUGUAGACAGACUAAAUUCUUUACUUCAGCCACAGAAACUAACCACGGUGGAGAUGAUGGCAUCUCACAUGUACACAUCUUACAACAAACACAUUAGUCUGCACAAAGCGUUUACCGAAGUUUUUCUGGAUGAUUCAUGUACACCAGCAAACUGUAGAAUUUCUGUGCAAGUUACUUCACCAGCAUUAGAUCUUUCUGUUCGCUUCCCUAUACCUGACCUGCGAUCAGAUCAGGAAAGAGGACCAUGGUUUAAAAAAUCACUUCAGAAGGAAAUCCUUCAUCUUGAAUUUACAGAUAUGGAAUUCAAGACUGAGUUUAUAGGAGGUUCAACUCCAGAACAAGUUAAACUGGAGCUUACUUUCAAAGAGCUAGGUGGCUUAUUUGAAGAAGAUAAAACAGAAUCUUCAAUAAAGUUCUUUCAAGUGUCCAGUGGCAUAGAUGGAGAUAUGAUAUCAUCUGACAACUUUGAUUGGCCACGGAUUGUACUGAAAAUAAACCCACUGGCUAUACACUCCAUUCUGGAAAGGAUAGCAGCUGAAGAAGAAGAGGGUGAUGGAAACUUUCAAGAGGAAGAGGAAGGAGGAUCUCAUUCUCUUAAGGAUGUCUGUGAUCUUAGAAGACCAGAACCUUCUCCUUUUUCCUCUCGUAGGGUCAUGUUUGAAAAUGAAGAGAUGGUGAUGCCAGGUGAUGCAGUUGAGAUGACAGAGUUUCAGGAUAAAGCAAUCAGCAAUUCUCAUUAUGUACUGGAACUCAUGUUACCAAAAGUUCACUUAACACUCCCAAACAAGAGCUUUUAUGAGAAACUUUACAAUAGGAUCAGCAAUGAUUUAUUAUUGUGGGAACCCACAGCUCCAUCUCCUGUAGAAACAUUUGAAAAUAUUUCAUAUGGUGUUGGACUCUCAGUGGCCAGCCAAAUGAUCAAUACUUUCAGUAAAGACAGCUUUAGUCAAUUCAAAUCUACAAUUCAUUAUGAUGAUGAGAGUGGAUCUGAGGAGGAAACUCUACAAUAUUAUUCCACAGUUGAUCCAAACUAUCGUUCACGCCGGAAGAAAAAACUUGAAUUGCAAAACAAGAACACACAGAGCUCUCUCUCUGUUAUUCUAAACGUUAAUCAUGGAUUAGUGUCAAUAUUCACAGAUGUAAAGCAGGAUGGUGGGAAUAUUUUGGAAGGCAAGCGUGGUGAAUUCUGGUUUGAGUUCAACAGUGGUUCAUUAUUCUGUGUGACUAAAUAUGAAGGUUUUGAAGACAAACAUUACAUCUGUCUUCAUUGUAGCAGUCUCAGUUUACAUCAUCAAGGUGUGGUGGAUGGAGUUGUCCCUCCAUCUGAAAUACGACUGCCUACCACAAUGCGUCCACAUUGGUUAGAACCUACCAUUUAUUUUUCCGAAGAAGAUGGUCUCAGUAGGACUUCUUCGGAUGGUGUGGGAGUGGACUGUUUAAGUAUGCUGUCUGUUGCAGUGAAAAUCCAGUCAAAUAAAUCGGAGAGCAACACAAAGGAAUUUCUAGUUGCUAUUGGGCUGAGAGGAGCCACUCUCCAGCACAGAGUAUUGCCUUCAGGUCUAAGCUGGCAUGAACAGAUUUUAUAUUUUUUGAAUAUUUCUGAUGAGCCUGUUUUGGGAUAUAAUCCUCCAGCUUCCAUUACAACUUUUCAUAUACACCUCUGGAGUUGUGUUCUUGAUUACAGGCCUUUGUUUUUGCCAACCAGAUCUCUACUUACUGUUGAAACUUUCAGCAUUUCCAGUAACGUUGCACUGGAUAAGUCCUCUUCUACUCUCAGAAUAAUCUUGGAUGAGGCUGCUUUACAUUUGUCUGACAAGUGCAACGCUGUUACAGUGAAUCUGCAGAGAGAUUAUAUUCGUGUUAUGGAUAUGGGACUCUUGGAACUGACUAUAACAGCAGUAAAACCUGGUUCUGAUGGGGAGAGAAUUAAGCCACGCUUUGAGCUACAUAGUUCCAGUGAUGUAAUCCAUAUCCGAACAUGCUCAGACUCUUGUGCUGCGCUAAUGAAUCUUAUACAGUAUAUUGCGAGUUAUGGCGAUUUGUAUCCGCCUAGCAAGACAGAGAUUAAAGCUGGGGUCGUCAAGCAGAAAACCAAGGCAUAUGCCUCUAGCCAACCAUCUUCUCAAGGACUAGUCCUUGCUGAAGCGGAACAACAGAUUUUACGGGAUUUGAUGAGUGAUGCUAUGGAGGAAAUUGAGACCCAUCAAGCUGCUUCCCCCAUUAGGCCACAAUCUAACGGAAUCUUGGAUGAAAAAUCUCAAACCCAGGAACCAGCUUGCUCAGAUCUCUUCCUGUUUCCAGAUGAAAGUGGGAACAUCUCACAAGAACCAAGUCCCACAUACACUUCAUUUACUCACCACCUGAUUAAAGAGGCGAUGGGAGACAUACCGACUGAAAAUGAUGACUUCUGCAUUCUUUUUGCACCCAAAGCUGUUGUUUCUGAGAAAGAGGAGGAGCCAGUAGUGAAAAUAAUGGUUGAUGAUGCAAUUCUGAUAAAAGACAAUCAUUUCAGCCUGCCUGUAAAAAAGGCAGAUACGAGCAAAGCCCCGCUACAUUUUCCUAUUCCUUUGGUUCGCUAUGUUGUGAAGGAAAUCUCUCUUAUUUGGCACCUUUAUGGAGGAAAGGAUUUUGGGACUGCACCUACUACUUCUCCAGCUAAAAGUUUUAUUAGUCCUCAUAGUUCUCCUUCUCUCACACCAACAAGACAUGGACGUAGUAUGACAUGUGGGGGAAGAGGAAGGAACCCAGACUUCUUAAUGGAAAUACAGUUAAGCAAGGUGAAAUUCCAGCAUGAGGUAUACCCUCCAGGAGGGCCGGAAUGUGAAUGCAGUCUGUUGGAGCAGCCAGUGUCCCGGCAGGUUUUUAUUGUUCAAGACCUUGAGAUCAGAGAUCGCUUGGCUACAUCACAGAUGAAUAAAUUUCUCUAUCUUUACUGUAGUAAGGAGAUGCCCAGAAAAGCACAUUCUAAUAUGCUAACAGUUAAAGCAUUACAUGUCCGUCCAGAGUCUGGCAGAUCCCCACAAGAAUGUUGUUUACGUGUAUCACUAAUGCCACUUCGCCUCAAUAUUGACCAGGAUGCCUUGUUUUUCCUGAAGGAUUUUUUCACUAGCCUUUCUACAGAAGUGGAAGUUUUAAUGACUCCAGAUCCAGAAGUUAAAAAGUCUCCUGGUGCUGAUGUAACCUGUAGUUUGCCCAAGCAUGUCAGCAGUUUCAAGGACCCAAGCCCGGUCAUUUCUUUCUCAGUACACAAGCAAACAAGCCAAAAUGAUAGUGUUGAUUCUGUGGAUAUGGUUAAUGGAGAGGACCAUCAUUUUUCACAUGAAGAGACAUCGUUCAGUGAUCAACCAGUCUUUUUCAGAGAAUUUCGAUUUAUAUCAGAAGUUCCAAUACGUCUUGAUUACCAUGGCAAACAUGUCUCAAUGGAUCAGGGUACGUUAGCUGGGAUUUUGAUUGGUCUUGCGCAAUUAAACUGCUCAGAGUUAAAGUUGAAGAGACUUUGCUAUCGACAUGGUUUGUUAGGUGUGGAUAAGCUAUUCUCUUAUGCCAUCACUGAAUGGCUUAAUGACAUAAAGAAAAACCAGCUACCAGGAAUCCUGGGAGGAGUAGGACCUAUGCAUUCAUUAGUGCAAUUAGUUCAAGGUCUGAAGGACUUAGUAUGGUUACCAAUAGAACAGUACCGAAAGGAUGGUCGUAUUGUAAGAGGCUUUCAAAGAGGAGCAGCUUCCUUUGGUACUUCUACUGCAAUGGCAGCUUUAGAGCUAACAAACAGAAUGGUUCAAACCAUACAGGCAGCUGCAGAAACUGCUUAUGACAUGGUCUCCCCAGGUCCUAGUUUUAUUGAGACAAAAAAGGUCAAACGAUUCUCUCGGCAUCGCUUAGCUCAUCAGCCAGUAGACCUACGGGAAGGUGUGGCCAAAGCAUACAGUGUGGUAAAAGAGGGAAUUACAGACACUGCCCAGACCAUAUAUGAAACUGCUGCUCGAGAGCAUGAGAACAGAGGGGUAACGGGAGCAGUAGGAGGAGUCCUCCGCCAAAUUCCACCAGCUGUGGUGAAACCUCUCAUUGUCGCAACAGAGGCAACCUCAAAUGUUUUAGGUGGAAUGAGAAACCAAAUCCGGCCAGAUGUGCGUCAAGAAGAGUCACAGAAAUGGCGCCUUGAGGAGGACUGAUAUUUUAAAUAUGACUCAGCAAGAGAAUAACGAUGCUUGAAAUACAUAGCAUUAUGUCCCAGUGGCAGCUUUAGAUGGAACUCAUUUCAUUUUAUUGUGCUCAUCUCAGGAACGAGGAGGUUUUCAAACAAUUUAAUAUCAAAACAUCCAACCAAAAGUUCAGAAGUGAAAAGCAAAUUGAUACUUGCUUGUGGACAUGCUGCAUGUUACCAAAACAUAUGGUAGCUAGUGUCAAACACAGUGGAGCAUUUGCUGCCAAGUCAGAAACAUGCUUGCUGUAUUUCAGUUACCAUAUUUGAUUUGCCAUUAGAAUCAGCAGUCCCUUUGUGAUACUGUGUGUAUUUUAAAAGAGUUCUUUGAGCAUGCUCAUAAAAAGUCUUCAAUAAAGGGCUCCACAGAUGCUCUUCAGUAACUAAAGAGUUUCAUUUUGGACAUCAGACAUGGAAGCCAUAUGACAAGAAGUCAGACAGAACGUUAUAAUUGUAUGGGUCAUGAGCAUUGUUUUUAGCGUGGCACUUAAAAUAAGGACGGUCUCUUGGUAACUGUUCAGAAAUUACACUCAGUGUUCAUAUGCUUGCGAACAAUAAUUGUCCCUCCUAAAUAUCAAAUUCCUACUUCUGUGGGUGUUUGAAGAACCUGAAUGUUGCAGACAUGUUCUGUUGUGUUGCACUUUAAAGGAUAUGGCCUGUAUAUUGUGCUUUUUAAUAGUGUGAAUAAACAAUAAUGUGCAUUA